AUGUGCCUGCCUUUCAUCAGCAAACCGUUCCGGCGCAACAAGCGCAACAGGAACAGAGGUCCCACACCAGUGCCCAGUGUGGCCGGCGUGGAGGGAGCUCCGGUAGGACAGGUCGCAGAGGUGCCGACCGAUGACAAGGUGGCAGAACAGGUGCCACCCAUACCAGCAGCGGCACCAGAACCAGCACCAGAGAUGCCGACGACGACGACGUCGGCGGCGGCGGCGGCGGCCCUCACACAGGUAGUGCAUACCGCGCAGUCGCCCGCCGCCAUGGCCAUAGCGUUGGCAGCCAGCUUUGCAGCCACCGGUCGACCCUCCAAGACCCUGUCGACGAUCACCAGCGUGAACAGCAUGAUGGCCAACAGUUUCGCAACCACGCUGCAGGUGCAGGAGCCCCCUAACGCCGCGCCCGUCACCAGUGCUGUUGCUCCAGUAGACGGCGAAGUUCCCACAACAGCUAGUACCGCCUCCGCUUCUGGGCGCAAGAAGACCUGGAUGGAGUGGUUUGGCAUGAGCAAGAAGAAAUCCAGCAUUGAUUCGCUAUAAGAGAAGAGGCGGAGGCGACUGGGUGGGACGACUUGCAGCAGAGGCAGGAACAGAACGCAACGGACAUUAACGUUUAUAAAACUUUUGGCUUGCACAUUUUUUAAAGAAAAUAAACACCGCACCCCCUCCCCAACAAA